GCCACACGCACUAAGUAAUAUUCGGGGAGCUGCCGGGAGAUCAUGCAGGAGUGAAUACUAAACCGUACAUAUGCGUCCACUUGAGGCAAUAAAAAGCGAAGGAUAAGAUGCUUAACAACCUCAAGUACCUAACUUUAUACAUAUACGCCCAGGUAGGUACCUAAGUAUACUGAUUAACAAUGCCGAGGAAUCUUCAGGUCUUCAAUGUUGUUCAGCGCAAAUACUAAAACAGGUAGUACCAUGAGACAUGAAAGCAAGCAAUCGGAGCCUUGACAUUGAGGUACGGCGAGUAUCUUGACUACUAUGCAACGACCCUCUUUUCUUGUUUCCUCUAGCAAUUUCAUCUAUUUAUCUACAUUUUUAUCACUACCACUCAUUUUCUAGUUUUCAUCCAACUUUUAGGCCUUACGUUCUUCUUGUUUUACUUCAUCUCAUAGAUUCUCGUUGUCAUAACCCACAGAGUAUACCCAGGGAAGAACUAUGUCGUGGGAGACCUCAUCAGACCUAACAAAUUCUUCGAGCUUUAUGCGAAAAACGUCCGAUGUACCUAACGAGCGUUGGUCUAUGAGGGGAUUGAUGAAGAGGAUCAAAGCUAAAAAGAGUUCGAGCCUCGACGAUAGAUUAAUCUUUGGCAUCGACUUUGGAACUACAUUCUCCGGUGUGGCGUGGGCCACAGUUGAUGACUUGGAGGACAAUGAGAUCAAUAUUAUCACUUCCUGGCCAAAGUAUAGGCGCGAGGACGGCAAGGCGCCCACUGAAUUGUUCUAUGAAGACGACAAAAUUAUGUGGGGGUACGAAGUACCUUCCGACGCAGACCCCGUAUCAUGGUUCAAGUUGCUUCUUCUGCGGGACGAAGAUAUAGAUGAAGACUUGAGACAAUCUGAUUACUAUAUUCGCGCAAAGAGCAAGCUUAAGGAAUUAGAUAAGGACCCAACAGACCUCGUCGCCGAUUACCUCAGGGCUCUGUGGCAACAUACCCUUAACACCGUACGGAAGUCCCGCAGCAAGGCCGUCAUUGCCGCGCUGAUGUUCCAUGUUGUCAUUACUGUGCCAGCGAUCUGGAAGGACUACGCACGCACCAAUAUGCAAGAAGCCGUAGCGAAGGCAGGGAUCCUCGAUCACCGGUCUGCAGGUCCCACAACGUUGUCUUUCGUCCCUGAACCUGAGGCAGCAGGCCUCAUCACGCUCCUUGAGCUUGAUGGGAUGCUCAAGACCGAUGAUGUAUACGUUAUAUGUGACGCUGGUGGUGGCACUGUGGAUCUGAUCAGUUAUAGGAUUGGGAACUUGGACCCAAUCGAACUCCACGAAGCCGUUGCCGGCACAGGCGAUCUCUGUGGCGGUAUAUUCGUCGACGAGCAGUUUGAACGCCUUUGCAAGAAACGGCUUGGGCGGAGUUGGAACAAGCUCAGCCAAGCCAGCAUCAAAGGCAUCAUAAAAAGUGAAUGGGAGCACGUCUACAAACCAUCAUACACCGGUAGAGAUCAUGGUCGGGAGUUCCCUAUUGGUAUUCCAGCCGAGGCUCUCGGAGGUUCAAAUGAGAACGACCUGACACGGAAGCCACAUAUCAAAGAUGGCCGCAUCCAUUUCUCCAACUCGGACAUUAAGUCAGCUUUUACGACCGCGUUUUCGAGUAUUGAUAGCCUCGUCGAUAGUCAGAUCAAGAAUACACAAAAGAAGAGCCUGCUAGUAAAAGGGAUUGUCUUGGUUGGGGGCUUUGGAGCGAGCCCCUAUCUUUACAAUCAUCUGAAGGAUCGGUUUGCGAAACAGGGUAUUGAGGUGUUGCAAGAUACUGGGAUGAGACCGCGCACAGCAAUCUGUCGUGGGGCCAUCCUCAAAGGAUUCCUCGAUGCACCCAGUAUUGCGCUGGCCGCUUCCGCGCACGUCAAUGUAGCCUCUACUAUUGCAAGACAGAACCUUGGUAUCGAAUAUAGACCGCUCUUCGACAAAACGAUCCACAACAAAAGAGACAGGUUUUUAGACGAAAAUGAGGGUGUUUGGCGGGUCACAGAGAUGCAGUGGUAUCUACAAAAGAUUUGUGUACCACUAGGUAGCUAAUGAUCCAAGAGAAAUACGGUGCGCUAACUCUGGUCUUAGGGGGAGAGUGUUUUGAUUCAAACACCAAUACGUCACUCCUUCUAUGGCACCUAUGCUAUAGAAGAAGAGUUCAACGAGAAUAAUGGCACAAUGGUUACAGAUUUCUAUCAAUGCGACGACGACGUAGCGCCGUUUAAAAGAAGCAAAUCAAUGCACGUGCAGUGCAAGCUUCACUGGCACUAUGUUCACAAUAUAACCUAUGAGUCGCUUCCCGAGGUUCGUGCCAAGAACGGUAAGGUAUUAAAGAGACUAGAUUACGAGAUUGUCAUGAUACCGUCUGGAGCAUCUACUGAGUUUACUAUCUACUACGAUGAGAAAAAGGUGGAUUCACGUGAUAUACGCGUUGAAUUUCAAUGAAUGACUAAGUACCUUGCACUACAUUUAAUUUUCUAUUAGGUAAUUGACUUUAAAUAACCUCA